AUGACGAAUUUCGUUAUUCGAACAUCAUCAUCGACAACACCCCCUGAUUGGCUUCUGAAUGAUAUCAAAAUAUUCGUCGAAAAUUCGUCGAUCCCAUUGGCAGUAAAUUGGUCAACUGAAUGGCGUCAACAUGUUCGAGCGAAUUUUCUCGCUAUCGAAUUGGUCCGCGAAUCAACGCCGAACGAACGUUAUGAACAAGUCGCCACGACUAGUGCAGUCGAUCUUCUCUCUAAUGUUGGUGGUCAAACAGGUCUUUGGAUUGGUAUUAGUUUUCUUUCCUUGAUGGAAGUGGUAGAAAUGCUCUAUCGAUUAGCUCGUCAUCAGUUUCUCGUCGUUUUACGUGCGCUGCGACGUUGUUUUUAUUAUGCAACAUUUUUCAAUCCAGAAUUGAAUAAUAAUAAACGUUAUUUUAAUAAGCCAUAUGAUAUAACAUUAUGUGCUCAAAGAAUGGUUCAAGGGCAGGAUUCAGAUAUUCGAUUUUUUUGGAAUCGUGGUUUAUGUUUACCUUUACUUAAGUUUAAUAUUGAUAUUCGUUAUUGGAUACCAAAAAUAAUGUGUGGUGGAAUUGAAACAUAUAGAUAUCCAAAUGAAGAUAUUGAAUUAUGGUUAAUAUCAAGAUUAAGUUGUGAGCGAGCUGGUACGCGGUUUAAUGUUCGUGGUGUUAAUGAUGAUGGAGCUGUGGCAAAUUUUGUUGAAACAGAACAAGUUGUUUUUCUUCCUCGACAAAAUCAUUAUUCAUCAUUUGUUAUUAUACGUGGUUCAAUUCCAUUGUUUUGGCAUCAACCACGUUUUCAAGUAGGCGCUCAUCGUAUUACAGUAUCACGUAGUGAAGCAUUGAGUUUUAAAGCAUUUUUCGAACAUUUUAAAUAUCUUUAUCGUCAUUAUGGUCGUGUAUUAAUUAUAAAUUUAGUUGAUGAACGUGAAGAUGAAAAACAUGUUGGUGAAGAAUAUCAAAAUUUAUUUGAAUUACUUGUUAAAACAUAUCGGUCAAAACAAAAAAAAGAAAAACCAUUACUUGGUUAUUUAACUGAAAGAGAUUUUAUUUGGUUUGAUUAUCAUGAACAAGCACGUGCUACAAAAGGUUUAACGCCAGAACAAUUUGUUGAUAAGAUGCUUAUACAAAAUAAACAAUAUGCAAUUGGACAAGAACUUGAACGUCAAAGUAUAUUUACUUAUAUGGAUGAAACAACUUCGAGUUUACAACAAGGUGUUUUUCGUAUUAAUUGUAUUGAUUGUCUUGAUAGGACAAACAAUGUACAAUUAACUCUUGGCAUGGUUGUUUUAACAAUGCAACUAGCUAGUUUAAAAAAACACGCGAAUGUUAAUAAUUUGAUUGAUCAUUUAAGAGAUAUGUGGAUUAAUAAUGGUGAUCAUAUUAGUAGAAUAUAUACGGGUACCGGAGCAAUAGGACAAAGGAAUAAAGCAAAAGAUAUUCAACGAAGUCUUGGUCGAGCUAUACAAAAUAGUUUACGUGACGAUGAAAAACAACAAUCAAUGCAAACAUUAAUUUAUUCUUAUGCUAAAGAUUCAUAUUUACAUGAACGUUCUGUUGCUGCUCUUUUAACACCUUACGUCAUAUCGGAUGGUAUUAUAUUAAGUGAAAUGUUUAAAAUUCGUCAAGAAUUUGUUAGAAAAGAAAAAAUUCGUAUAUCAAUUGGUACGUGGAAUAUCAAUGGUGAUCGAAAUCCAGCUUUAGAAGACGAAUAUCCAUCUAUUCUUGAUGCUUGGAUAUUGGAUGGACCAGAAAAUAUUUCUCCAAAAACACGAAAAAAAAAUUCUGUUCCAACUAUUGGAUUUGUUAGUGAUGAUUAUAUAAAAUCAAUGCCAGAUAUAUUAGCUAUUGGUUUUCAAGAAAUUUGUGAUUUAACAGCUACAAAUAUGGUUUGGCAAAGUUCUGUUAAUGCAACUCGUUGGGUUGAUAAUGUUCAAGUUCAUUUUAAAAAAUCCUAUCCAAAUGAUGAAUAUAUUCUAUUGGGUAAUGAUCAACUUGUUGGUGUAUGUUUAGCAAUAUUUAUUCGACGUGAUCUUGCACCAUUUGUCAAAAACGUUGUUGUAGAUUCUGUUAAAACGGGAAUGGGUGGGAAAAUAGGGAACAAAGGAUGUGUUGCUAUUCGUCUUGUUUUACAUAAUACAUCAAUCUGUUUUAUAUGUGCUCAUUUUACUGCAGGACAAAACGAAUUUAAUGAACGUAAUAAAGAUUAUAAAUCUAUUAUGGAAAAACUUUCAUUUCAACCACCAUCUCGAGCAUUGUGGCAUGAUCAUAUAUUUUUUCUUGGUGAUUUUAAUUAUCGUUUAACAAUUCCACGUGUACAAGUUGAACAAUUUAUAAAAAAUGAAACUUAUAAACAAUUACUUGAAUAUGAUCAAUUAAAAAAAGAACAUUCAGAAGGACGAGUCUUUCGAGAAUUCACUGAAGGCAUAAUAACAUUUCCUCCAACAUAUAAAUAUGAUAUUGGUUCAGAUGAAUAUGAUACAAGUGAGAAAGCUCGCACACCAUCAUAUACUGAUCGUAUACUUUGGCGAAGUAUAUUUCCCAAUGUUCAAACAAGACAAGUAUAUUAUGGCCGUGCUGAAGUUAAAACAUCAGAUCAUCGUCCUGUCAGUGCAAUGUUUGAUAUUGAUGUUGAAAUAUGCGAUGAAACAAAAAUGCAUAAAAAAUAUAUUAAUAUCUAUGAACAAUUUAAACCAUCAAAUGCACAAAUUAUUUUUGAUAUGAAGAAUGAUGUUAAUUUAAAUAAAAAUCAAUUAGUUGAAGAAUUUGAUAUGUAUGUUAAGAAAAAAUAUGGAUUUGACAUAAUAGUUGUUGAUCGAUUUUUUACAUCAAAUGAUAAACAACUUUCAUUAAAUAUGUUUUUUGAAAAUGGUGAAUAUGCACGAAAAGUUAUGGAACCAACACAAGAUCAACUUGCAAAUGGUCUUAAUUUCAAUAAACGUUUUAUAACGAUAAAUGAAGAUUUUGCUUUAAAUCAAAAAUUAAAUCUUCUCUUUUCUAAUGCUGACGAAACAAUGUAUCCAAAAUCUGUUGCUUAUGAUCUUGGUUCUUAUCAACAACCAUCGCGUGAAUCACUUUCAACUUCACAAGACGUCACAGUAGCUGGUGUUGUUGCUGAUGAAAAAAUUCCAAUAACAACAUCAAAAACAGAUAAUAAAAACAAAACAGAUGAAUAUGAUAUUGAAACAUUAGAAUUAAUUAAAGAAUCUGAACGAACAUUUGAACAACGUCGUCGUUUGUAUGGUGAUAUAUUUGUUCGAGAUUCCGAUUCUGAUGAUGAAACUAAAAGUAAUGAUGAAACAAAAGAAUAUUCAAGAUCAUCAUCAAGUAGUGAUAGUGAUGCACCAACAUCAACUGAUUCCGAAGCUCCUUAUGGAUCAGAUUCGGAAUCAAGUUCAUCCUAUGAUGAAUAUCAUGCUGAAAGAAAAAUUCCCAAGAAAAGAAUUCAUGGACAUAAUAAAGGUCCAUUAAAAUUAUUUUUUCAAGAAAGAAUCGUAUAUUGGCCUAGAGAUCGUUAUAAAAAAUAUAAAAGAUAUCAUAUGAAAAAACAAGGAAUAGAAAUUAAUUAUGGACAAAUUCAUACUGAAGAAAUUAAACAUUCAUUAAAACAUGAAAAACGUGAAAGACAAAAAGAAAAACUUCCUUCAGUUAGUUUCAUGAAUAUGAUGGAAGAUCUUGCAAGACAAAUAGCAUUUGUUUCAUUAGAUCCUGAACUUCCUAUUGCACCAGCUGAAUUCGAUAAAACAUCAUUAUCAUCAAUGAAACCAGCGGACAAUGAACAAAUUGAUAACAAAUCAACGUCGACUUUCAAAAGAAUGAAAAGAAUUAAUAGAAAAUCUAUUAAAGGAAAACCUAAAACAUCUACUAAUUCAAAUAGUGAUAAUAAUGAACAGGUGACAACAAACAGUGAUGCAGCUAGUCGUACCAGUGUCGGUGAUGAACUCUCAAAAUCCAAUCAAUCAUUAAAUAAAGCUUGA